AUGUCUAAGACCAAGGCUACCAAACCCAGCGCCGACAAGAAGGCCUCCAAGAAGGUCGAUGCCCCCAAGGUGAAGGAGGGUCGCGUCACCAAGCCUUCCCAGACUCCCAAGGCCAAGAGCAAGGAGAUUGCCAAAUCUGCUGCUGGCGCCGACAAGAAGUCCAAGAAGUCCAAAAAGGCCCCUACUCCCGAGCCCGAGUCCGAGGACUCUGAGUCCAGUGCCUCUGAGGAGGACAGCGACAGCUCCGAGAGCGAGGAGGAGGCUAAGCCCGCUGCUAAGGCCAACGGCAAGGCUAAGCCUGCUGUUGCGGCCAAGGCCGAGGAGUCCUCCGACUCUUCUUCUGACAGCGAGUCUGACAGCGACGAGGAGAUGGCCGACGCUCCUGCUGCUAAGGCUGCCACCCCCGCCAAGGCUGCUGCGAAGAAGGACGACUCUGAUUCUUCCGACUCCGACUCUGAGAGCGACGACUCUGAGGAGGAGGCCAAGCCCGCUGCUAAGGCAGCCAAGGCUGACUCUGAUUCCGAUGACUCUUCCGACUCUGAUGCCGACUCCGACGACUCUAGCGACAGCGACGAGGAGAAGGAGGCCCCCUCCAAGAAGCGCAAGGCUGAGGCCGAAGCUGAGCCCGUUGUCAAGAAGACCAAGACUGAGGCCUCUGGCGAGGAGGAGGGCAUCAAGAACUUGUUCGUUGGCAACCUCAGCUGGAAUGUUGAUGAGGACUGGCUGUCCCAGACCUUCGCGCCCCACGGCACGAUUGAGGGCUGCCGCAUCAUCACCGACCGCGAGUCUGGCCGCUCCAAGGGUUUCGGAUACGUUGAGUUCAGCAGUGCUGCUGAGGCAAAGGCUGCCAAGGAGGCUCUCCACGACUCCGACCUCGACGGCCGUGCCCUGAAUGUCGACUUCAGCCAGCCGCGCCAGCAGAACCAGGACAAGGGUGCCGCUCGCGCCAAGCAGUUUGGUGACAAGCGUAGCGCGCCUAGCAACACACUGUUCAUUGGAAACCUCUCCUUUGACUCGACCAACGACACCAUCGGUGAGGCCUUUAGCUCCUUCGGUGAGAUCACCCGUGUCUCGCUGCCCACCGACCGCGACACCGGUGCCCCCAAGGGCUUCGGAUACGUUGAGUUCAGCUCCGUCCAGGAGGCCCAGGCUGCUCUUGACGGCCUCAGCGGUCAGGACGUUGACGGACGCAACAUCCGCAUCGACUUCGCUGCUGCCCGUGACAACAACGGUGGUGACCGUGGUGGCCGUGGUGGUGGCUUCGGCGGAGGUCGCGGCGGUGGCCGUGGCGGCGGCCGUGGUGGCUUUGACCGUGGAGGUCGUGGUGGCGGACGCGGCCGCGGCGGUGACCGUGGUGGCCGCGGCGGCCGUGGUGGUUUCUCGACCAACCGUGGUGGCUUCGGCGACUUCAAGGGCCAGAAGAUGACCUUUUAA